UCGGAGUUGGACUUUCUCAGUAUGGAGAAGAAGAAGACAACCCAAAAAAGUCAUCCCAAACCCGAGUUGGACGACCCGGAUUCCGGGUUAUGGAAUUGGAUCAUCCACAGAGGAACUGCGGCAACGUUUCUGUGCAUCAGCCUCUUUGCAGUGUUGGUCAGAUUAGGCGUAUCUCUGCAUCCAUAUUCUGGAGCUGGAAUUCCGCCCAAGUAUGGGGAUUACGAGGCUCAAAGGCAUUGGAUGGAGAUCACAACUAAUCUCCCUGUUAAACAAUGGUACCGAAACAGCACCAGCAAUGAUCUCAGCUACUGGGGUCUCGAUUAUCCGCCGUUGACAGCUUACCAGAGCUACUUCCAUGGCAUUUUUCUCCGAUUUUUUGAUCCCCAAUCGGUUUCCCUUUACAGUUCUCGUGGCUACGAGUCUUAUUUCGGGAAAUUGUUGAUGAGAUGGACGGUUUUAUCAUCUGAUGUCUUGAUAUUUUUUCCUGCCGUGCUGUAUUUCAUCAUUUCUUAUUAUUACGGGAAGCCUAACUCGCAGAAGAGAAAUAUAGGGUGGCACAUUGCCGUGAUCUUGUUGAACCCUUGUCUCAUUCUGAUUGAUCACGGUCAUUUUCAGUACAACUGCAUUAGCUUGGGACUUACUGUUGCGGCUGUGGCAGCGAUUCUCUCUGAUAGAGAUGUCAUUGGUUCUGUCCUCUUUAGUCUUGCUCUCAACCAUAAGCAGAUGAGUGCAUAUUUUGCUCCUGCAUUUUUUAGCUAUCUCUUGGGAAAAUGCUUGAGGCAACAAAGACCAUUUGUUAAGGUUGUGAAACUUGGCUUGGCAGUGGUAGGAACUUUUGCUGUUGUCUGGAGCCCGUAUCUUUAUUCAGCAGAGGCAUUUCUGGAGGUUUUAUCGCGCCUGGCUCCUUUCGAAAGAGGUAUAUAUGAGGACUAUGUGGCAAAUUUUUGGUGUACCACUUCAAUCGUUAUAAAAUGGAAGAGGUUGUUUGCUACACAACCUUUAAAACUGUUAAGUCUUGCUGCAACUGUUUCUAUGUGCCUGCCUUCAAUGAUUCAACUAAUAUUGGCUCCAAGAAAAUCGAGCUUUCUGUAUGGACUCCUCAAUAGUGCUUUGGCAUUCUACUUGUUCUCAUUUCAAGUGCAUGAGAAAUCGAUCCUUCUGCCACUUCUGCCUGCUAGCUUGUUGGCCUUGGAAGAGCCUUCCGUUUUCUUGUGGUUAGCUCAAAAUGGCUUGAUAUCUAUGUUUCCUCUACUUGUCAGAGACAAGUUAGUCCUGCCAUACGUUGCUUUAUACAGUCUCUUUUCCCUUCUUUACUACACACCCAGUGGAAGACAGCAUGAGAGGGAAACAUGUUAUCUUACCUUGAAAGUUUUGCUUCUUGGUUGCGUUAUUGCACUACAUGUUGCUUACUUGACUGUAACACCUCCAAGGAGGUAUCCCUUCCUUUCGGAGGCGAUCAUCAUGCUGCUUUGCUUCUCUCAGUUCGUAUUGGUCUUUUUAUAUGCCAAUUAUAGGCAAUGGACUGUGUCGAAGCUGUCCUCCCCAUCAACAGAUAAGAAAAAACACCUGUAACUUUUACUUAUUUGUGCCAUGCUUCAAAGCAUGUUUGCAGGCGGGGGGAACCAUCUUUCUGUUCUCCUGCUCCAUCCUAUUGAACUAGGGUAGGGACACUUUGUACCUUCAGUGUGAGAAUAGCACAACGGGAGACAUUAACUGUAACUUAAAUCAUUCAGCAAAUGCGGUGCAGAAAUUUUGGUUUAUCGGGGUAUUUGCUCACUGAAAUAUGGAGCAGUUUGAGACACAAAUUUAUGUUGAGAUCUGAUGUAGCAAGUUUUGCAGCACAAUUCUUCACCUCAUAGGAAUAGUUGUAGAUUCAAUUUAUACUGAAACUGAUGUAUACAGUACAUAAAUUUUAUGGAUUUCACUUGGUCAUUUUCUGCAUUUAGUCCUGCAAUUUAAAACGCUGCUCUUAUCGUGAGGGUGGAUAUACCGUUCUUAGCUGGAAAAUUGAUCCACAAUGAAUCAGUGAAAUGACAAUUUG